AUGAAUCUUAUGUUUGAAACACAGAAUUACGCAGUUGCUGAUGGUAUUAAUUAUGAAUAUAUUUAUAUCGAAGCAAAAGAUGAUUCAAAACCAACCUUAUUAUUUCUUCAUGGCUUUCCAUCAUCAUUCUAUUGUUGGCGUCAUCAAAUUACCUAUUUUUCUAAGCAAGGAUAUGGUUGUUUAGCACCAAAUUUAAUGGGCUAUGGUAAAACAUAUUCUCCAUUGGAUAAAAAUGAAUACAAAACUAAGACCAUGGUUCAACAUCUUAUAAUUCUUCUUGAUCACUUAAAUUUAAAUAAAGUCAUCGUUCUUGGACAUGAUUGGGGUGUUCGACCAGCAACUCGAUUUGUUUUAUAUCAUCCCGAACGUACAUUAGGUCUUAUUUUAUUUAACGUUGGUUAUCGUCCACCGAUAAAGUUCGACUUGGAACAGAUGUUACUAUUCACCAAGAAAACCUUAGGCUAUGAAACUCUUGGGUAUUGGGAGUUUUUUAAUUCUGAUGAUGCAGCAAAAAUUCUCGAAGAUAAUGCGGAUCGAUUUAUUGAUCUUGGUUAUACAAGUGAUCCAAUAUUGUGGAAAACAGAUUUAGCUCCACUUGGUAAAGUUCGGGAAUGGUUAACAAAGGAAAAAACGACAUCUCGAGCUUCAUAUUUAACAGAUAAAGAUUAUGAAGUAACACAUCAGUGUAUUACUGAAGGAAUUCAACCAAAAUUAAAUUGGUAUAAAUCAGCUAUUGUUAAUAUUGAUUGGGACGAUGAAAAGAAUCUUGAUCCAACAAUAAAACGACCAGUUCUUUAUAUUGCUGCGACGAAAGAUUACAUAUGUCUUCCACAACUUUUUGCCGAUCAAAAACAGCAUAUCGCUGAUUUGGAAACAAUUGAAUUAGAAACUAGUCAUUGGACUAUGGAGGAAGAUCCCGAAAAUGUCAAUCAAAUAGUUGAAAAAUGGAUUAAAAAAAUUAUUUAA